GUACAGUUUCUAAGACCAUAAAUCUCAGCUCACAGCAGGACAUUAACAAGAUAUAUAACAAGUCAUAAAAUAAGAAAAACGUCUUAAAGGAAGAGAUAUUUAUAUUAAGGUUAAAGGGAGGGGUUAAGGCUAGAGUUUCAGAUGCAUGCUGAUCUGUUGGUCUGAGUGGCACACCAAUUCCAUAAAGAGAAAUGCAGUGUUCUGCUGAGCCAUCAUACAAUGUCAUUAAAACCCCCGUGGUGUUUCAGUAGCCCGUGGCAGUCUCUCUGGAUCAUACUUACCGCCUUCUUCUCUUAGGAUCUGAAUAAAACAAGAAGGCAAGAUGUCAGAAAAAAAGAUGUCCUCGAGUCGGAAGCAUCAACUGAAGAGCUUGAUGCUUUCCAUUGCUAAAGGUCUUCUAGAAGCUGAAGCAGUUGCAGCAGAAGCCACAAGGAACACUUAUAUGGAUGAGACUUGUCCACCUUUGGAACUCUCAGGAUCUCUUGCUGACCUUCAGGAGCUGUGCAAGAAGCUCCACACAAGGAUCGACAAAAUAGAUGAGGAGCGAUAUGACCUGGAAAGCAAAGUGUCCAAGUCUAACAAAGAGAUAGACGACCUGAAAAUUAAAGUUCAAGAUUUGCAAGGAAAGUUCAAGAAGCCAGCUCUGAAGAAGGUGCGCAUGUCUGCAGACUCUAUGCUUCAGGCUCUGCUCGGGUCCAAACACAAGGUGAACCUGGAUCUGAGAGCCAACCUGAAACAAGUGAAGAAGGAGGUCAAAGAAGAGUCUGCAGAGCAAGUUGGUGACUGGCGUAAGAACAUUGAGGACAAGGCUGGUAUGGAUGGCAGGAAGAAGAUGUUCGAGACCUCCUAAUUACCUCAUAGCACAAUGCAGUUGAUUGUUUUUUACUAGUAAAGCAGGCAGUGUACCUUUAUUUAAUAUUGCCACAUAAUAGGCCAUCAUUCUUUUGUAUAUGAUCUAAGGAUAAUAUAUUUCAAACCAGAAAGUCACCUGUUUAGUUCCUGUCUGCUGAAUAGUAAGUACUGUACAAACAUGCUACAAGUGAUAAAUAAAUAUCGGAAGUAUUUUAACGAUUCUUGUAGUUUGUCUGAAUCUGUGCACUUGGUGUCAGAGGGUUUCUGACAUUUUAUGGACAAAAUACAAAUGUCAGGGAUUUAAACAUCGUUCAAAGGAUUCAGGGUCCCUAAACCCAGGCAUGAGAAGCAUGAGAAUGUUUUGUUUUUUUACCUGUUCUAACACACCUGAAUAAACUCAUAAAAGUCUUAAUAAUUAGUUAAUGAGUUAAAUCGGGUGGAUCAGAAUGGGUGAGAAAGAGACAUUUAAACCUCUCAAAAGAAAAAUGGUUCAUUUCUUCAUGCACAUCUGCAGGGAUGGCUCGAGAGGAUUUAUCAGUUAAUCAAGGCUUAACGAGCAUUUCAGAGAGUUGUCUGGUAAGUUGACUUUCAAUCUGUCAUGCAACACUUCUCUUUCCUCUCUACCUGGUCUGCCAAAUGUCUUGUUAAUGUCUCUGUUGACAUUGAAGUUUUUAAUCGUACACAUGCCAAGGCAACUCAAUCAUCUUGCUGGCGACUUCAUUUGAACCCACAAAACUAACCACUAAAUAUAACUGGAACAACUAAUUGUAACGGAUACUUGUGACUGGUUUUUAAUUUAAUAGUGCUGCAGAGGCCCUAAUGAAGACAGCAGGUGAAGACAUGAAUCACUCCUGGUCGGAACUCUGAAAAGCUACGCAGAGAAACACUGACAUCUAUCGGUCACGUCUGGAACUGCAGGGUGGGAGGUAUUUGUUAAGAGGUCCAUGCCAGCCUUAUAUACUGUUAGCAACCAGUAAUUGCGGUGCCAGUGGCUCAUAUCCCUGAACCAUUCCUCCAUCAAGCCAGCACCACUGUCACAACUUUUCAUAUAGGGCUGGAAAACUAACAAGAAGCCGUCAAGAUGUCUGA